AUGUACUCCAUUUACCUCGAAACAAUGGACGACUGGGCGAACAGCUUAGGCCUACAGUACUCAGCACAGCCAUCGUACAACGCACCGUUUGACAUGCUUGCCAAUAUUCCAUUUGUCAAUGCGCCUGAAACUGAGACCCUUGGGUUCAGCCACAACAUUGAUGCAUUCCGUCAGUUUUCCGGACCGGCGAACCUCGCUGGAAAGCGUGUUAUAUCCUCCGAGACCGGCGCAAACAUGGGUAUAGCUUAUGCUGAGACAAUCCCAAACUUAUUAUGGGACGUCAAACGGGCCUUUGCCGGAGGAGUAAACACUCAUGUAUUCCACGGAUACCCCUACUCAGGUUAUUAUCCAAACACGACUUGGCCUGGGUUUGCAGGAUUUGACUUGGAAUACUGCGAAAUGCACGGACCGAGGCAGCCCGCUUGGGAUUUUUACGGAGAGUUCUUGAAUUACACCGCUCGUAACCAGUGGGUAUUGCAAACUGGUAUCCCGAAGGUCGACGUUGCUUUCUACCUGAAGGCUGUGAGCUACUCCUUGGGCACAUCGUACAUGCCAACUGACCUCCAAGCUGCCGGCUACACGUACGAAUACCUGAGUCCCGACAACUUCGCGUUGCCGGCUGCUCAUGUAGCUAACAACGUGUUGGCACCUGAGCGCCAAGAAUUCAGAGCUUUGAUUGUCAGGGCAAAUGAUACUAUGACGGUUGAUGGCGCCACAUGCAUUGCGAUGUAUGCCCACCGAGGAUUGCCUGUCGUCUUCGCUGGCGGUGUCCCUACUCUAUUCUGGGGCAACAAUGCAACCGGCGCUGCAUACGUUAACACAACCUUGCAAUCUAUCAGGUCCCUUAAGAACGUGCACACAGUACCAUUCGCUGGGCUCGCCGCCUCGCUCGCCCGUAUCGGCGUACUCCCACGAGCCCAACUCAGCGCCAACGGCAUCUGGUAUGCUCAAUGGCGCGAAGAUACCGCAAAUGCCAUGACCUACGUUAUGUUGUACAACGAUGCAACUGGCAUAGUCUUCCCCGGCGGUUCCACCACUGGACACAUCACAAUCGCCACUACCGGUGCACCUAUGCUCUACGACGCCUGGACUGGCGAAAUCACGCCCAUCACCGUCUUCACCAAGACAAGCACUUCCAUCACCAUCCAUCUCACCAUCGCUGGUAACCAGACCGUCAUCAUCGGCAUCAAGCACGGUAAAGCAGUAGAAGCCUCCACCACCGCCGCACCACCAAAUACCGUCGCCAUCUCCGCAGUGUCCGCCAGUACCUACUCUGUGAAGUCAACCGCGGGUCUCGCACCUAUCACCCUAGGUCCCUGGAACCUGACCAUCGAAGCCUGGUCGCCGCCGGCUGACCUCUACGCCUUCAACGGCUCAACCGUCAAGACAAACACCUCCUACACCCUUGAAACCCUCGUUUCAUGGCGCCACAUCCCAAACACAAACCUCACCAACGUUUCCGGCCGCGGCUACUACACCACAACCCUCCUAUGGCCACCGGCCGGAAAGAGCAAAGCAGCGGGGGCUAUCAUCGACCUCGGUUCAAUCGUGCACUUCGCACGCGUUUACGUCAACGGUGCGCUCGUACCGCCGCUCGACCCCGUCCUGGCUCGCGCCGAUAUCGGUGCCUAUCUCAAGAAGGGUAUAAAUAACGUGGAAAUUGUCGUCGCAACUACUCUCAUCAAUGUCAUCUCACCAUUUUGGAGCCAGCAGAGGACGAGUGGUGGUGCGCCAACUUUCUUCGGGACUGGGGUUUUAGGUCCGGCACCGAUCCAGGAUUACGGUUUAAUUUACCCGGUAGUAGUUGAGCCUUAUAAGACUAUUGUUUAUAGAAAAUAA